AUGCAGCCUGUGCUGCCGCAGCAGCAACAGCAGUAUGAUCCUGGCAGUCAGGAAUAUCUACCGCCAGAAAUCCAGCAACCAUACCAUACUCCAACAACUCCGCUCAUGGUCACCAACACUCGAAGUGACUACAAGCCACCGGCUCGGCUUCUGAACCAUCCCGAAGAAACGGACUGGGAGUUCCCGGGAGUCAGCCAAUGA